UUAACCCUUCCCCUCUAAUAUCUUGCUCUUUCUUCUCCAAGCUUUCCCAUGGCUGCAAAUUUUUAUUCUUCUUCUUCUUCCAACCCUGUUGAUCAAUUUGGUCUUGGAAAUAAACUCAUUAACGACCAAAUGAUCCCUCCAUUUCCCUCAAACACAAACAUGAACCACAUGAAUGAGAAUGGCUUGAUUAAUUCUCAGUUACUUCCUAACUCUCACCCAACUCCUCAGUUUUACUCAAAUGGUCUCAUUUCCCAAAGAAUUAGCCCUCCAAGGUCAAUUCUCAGCCAAGUUGGCCUAAGCCAACUAGUGACUGAAGUGAGGCGAACUUAUGUUUCACCUCAUAGGGUUCGAAUUCAUAGCAUCAUUAACUGUUCUUUAAUGCCAAACCAGUCAACUCUUUCUUCAAAUGAGGCUUUGAUCUCUUCUGGGGUUGUGAAAACUACCCGAUUUGUCUGUGCAACCUCAACUAAGGAGAGAUUUUUGGCUCCAACUUAUGAUGCUCUCAACCAGGGUCUUGUUCUGAACAAUCGUGCUCAAGCCCUAGGGCAAGUUGCAAAUAAUAUCAAUAUUGCUCGCCUCAGAGGGCUGAUUGCAAAUGAUAUUAUUCACAUUAAUCAAAGUCAACCCAGUUUUAGAAACCAAAACUUAUUCUCUCCCAACCAUCUUAAUUAUCGAUUGACCGAAAUCAAGCCCUUUCUCAACUCUAUUAUUCAAAAAAUGGCUGUCAACCAAAAUGGUUUCAGUGCUACCAACCUUGAUGAUGGCCUUACUGAUCAAGCUAAUUGGUUUAUUAAUCCGAAUCAAAUGAUUUCUCAUGCAUCCCAAAGCAAGGGUGUUUAUAACCCUAGAAACUCUUAUCAAGACCAAAACUCUUGGAUAAUCUCAAAUCUUGAUCAUUGCCAAAACCCUAGGCAAAUGUCAAACCCUAGCGAUGAACAAAUGACUAUGCAAAUCUCAAACCCUUGUCCUGAUCAAAUGAACCAACAUGAGAAAGAUGAUGGAAGGACUCACAGUCUUCCUUACAAGAAAUAUGGUCCUUAUAUAUGCCCUAAAUGUGAAGGUGUGUUUAAUAUCUCUCAAACAUUUGCAGCUCAUAUGUGGUCUCAUUACAAGCGUGAAUCGAAUGCUGAGAGGGAUAAAAGACUUGCAGCAAGGUACAAGAAGAAGAAUCUUCGCCUGGUGAAAUCGCAAGAAGGACUAACUAUGGUGUCUGAUCCAUCAAAGAAGGGUGUAAUUAAGCCAAUGUAUCGAAGAAAGAAAAGUCAACGAGCGAAGGCAAAAAGUAUAAAUGUCAGGGUUGGAGAUGAUGAAGAGCAGCUUCAAGGAGUCAUGAAGGAAUUUUCUUUUGAAAUUGGGGAAAGCUCUAAUAAUUCACUUGCUAUGGUUAAAGAGGAACCCUUUGAAGAGACAUCUGAUGUUGUUUCUGAGGUUAAGAUUAAGAUCGAACCCGUGUAAUGUUACUAGCUCUUUCUUGCAAUGUAAUUGCUGUCCUUUUUUAAUAAUUUCAAUAAGAAUAAAAUGCUUUUGAUAUUC